AUGUCAGAAUUUUCUAUUCCCAUCGCAAAGACAGAUUUACUGAAACUUUCAGCCGAAAAUGCAUAUGUUGUAAAUGAUGUUAUUUCUGUGAGGAAUUUACGAAACAAUCUACCAAAAUGUAAACGUGCUCUAACAAGUUCUGGGUAUUCAUAUAUCCUAAAUGAAUUCGACACUUUAUUCAGUGUGUUACAUGAAUGGGAUAAACUAGACUCAAGUACUAAAGAAGAAGCUUGGCAUAUUGUUCUUAAAGGAUGUGAAAUUUGUGCUCGAGAAUUGGGUUCAGUAUUGGAAACUUUUGAAUCUGAUCGAUCAACUAGUAAUCAAAAUGAUAUGAAGCGGCAUAGGAAUAUAAUAAAAAUGCAUACAUAUUUAUUAUGUCAAUUUGUUGAUAUGUUUGAAAAUGAAUUGAAUGUCAAUGCUAAAUCAGUAAUCAGUGGUAAUACUGGACGUGGUAAAGGAGGAAAAGGUAAUCGUCGUGCUGGUGAUCGAGAACCUCCUGAUGUAAAUUUAUCUAUGAACUGGCUCGCAGAAUGUGAAUCAGCAAUCAAUAUUAUUGAUCAAAUGUUUCGUUUAAAAUUGGAUAAAUUAUGGGAUCCGGCUAUCGUUGACACGGAACUCAUUAAUUUAUCAGCUAAUUGUUGUUACAAAUUACUUGAAAAUCGUGAAAUGGCUAGUAAUAAUAAUAUACGAAUGGCAAUUAUCAGUUUAUUGGCUAAUCUGGUACGGCGUCAUCGUCAUGGCUUUACGUGUGCUGUAAAAUUGCCACAAUUAUUACAAUGUUAUCCUCAUAUGGUUAAUUGUCUUCUUGCCAUUGUGAAAUCUUUCACUGAGGAUGAGAAAAUCACUGGUACUGUACGCGAUUUAUUAAAGGAAAUAUGUAGUUAUGAUGGAGCACAUUUGGAGCGUGAUUCACAAGCUUCUCAAAACUUUUCCAAUUUCCUGAUCGAAGUAGCUCGACUAUAUCCAUCACUAGCUCAAUCAAUUUUACCAUUACUUCGUUCACGACUAGAUGAUGAACCCUAUCAAAUGAGAAAUUGUGUUUUAAGCAUCAUCGGUGAAAUACUGCCAAUGUUUGCUAAACGUGAACAAUUAGAUCAUAAUGAACGUGUUCAAAGAGAUCGUUUAAUGGAUUUACUGCAGGAACAUAUUCAUGAUGUAAAUGGUUAUGUCCGGGCAAAAGCCUUACAUAUAUGGCACAAUAUUGUAACUUUGGGAGGUUUACCAGUCAGUCGUCAAUCAAAACUAGCAGCUUUAUUAGUUGGUAGUUUGGGUGCAAUGAUGGAUGUAUCCGCUUCAGCGAGGAAAAAUGCCUGUCGAACACUGACAGCUAUGAUAUUGCAAUGUCCUGCUGCCAAGCUUACUGCAAAUGAGUUACAACAGGUUGUAAAUAAGGAGAAAAAACGACUUGAAAGAUUAGAAGAAAUAUUAGCCAGGGUAAACACAAUCGAUGAGAAUGAUGGUGUUACACCCAGUGAUCUUACUGAACCAUUAACAAAUCCUCUUACAAAUGUUGAUGGCGAUGGGGAUGCCGAUGAUGUUGAUGAUAAAGCUAAGGGGAAAAAUAAAUCUGAAAUACAAAAGAAGACGACGAAAAAGAAGAAGAAGAAGGGGAAGUCGAACAAAAAGAUGCAUAAAAAGAAUAAGAAAACUAAACUUACUACAGGUUUAAGUGAUUCAGAUGAAUCACCAACGCGUCGAUCAAAUAUAGCUGAUGAUGAUGAUGAUGAGGAGGAGGUGGAAGAGCAGCCUGAAGGCGAUGUUGUUGAUAUGGAUGGUGAUGAUGAUGAUGCUGAUGACAACGACGACGCUGAAGAAGAAGACGAAGAGGAAACAGCCGAUGAAGGCAGUGAUGAUGAUGAGGAGAAGGAUGCCGAUGUUACACUAUGUCCUACAGCAGAGGUGGAUGCAGCAGCAGCACUAGAAAAAGCUAUUCAUUCCGCGGCUGCUGUUGCUGAAGGGAAUAUAAAUUCAAAUAAAAACAAUAACAAUAAUGCUAAUGGAGAGGAUAAUGAUAUCCUUUCAACGUCUCAUUUAUGCUUAGCAAGUACUGCACAAACAGAAAUCUCCUCUGAAGUUGUACGUCAACGUGCUUGUAUUGCCUAUUUAUUAGAAACAUCAACAUUUUUAUCACAUAUUCAAACUGCUAUCAAAGAUUUUCAAGCUAUGCUUUCAUCGAAAACACUAACCGAUGUAACAGAAGCAAUUGAAUUUUUUGUUGUGGCUAAACAAGCUGGAAUAAAAGGCUUAGAACAAGGUAUUCGUCUGUUAUUGGCAUUAAUUUGGUCACAAGAAGAAGGUAUACGCAAAGCUGUUGUAGAAGCAUGUCAAAAAUUAUAUUUACAACCAGAUUCAGAAGAAUUUUAUCAAUCAAAUGGUAAUUUAACCAUUGAAGGUGCUGAUUUAAUUGCAACAAAUUUAAGCAAUUUUGUACGUAAUUCAGAAAUGGGUGAUUUAGUCAGUAUGGAACGUGUCAUUCAACAAUUAAUUUCAUCUAAUCAAUUGGAUAUUACGCUGAUUGAUUAUCUAUGGCAACGAUUUAUUAAAUCAGCUAGUGGGAAAGAUAAAGAAAGCACAGAAGAUGCGAAAUCUAUGCUAAUUAUUAUUAAAAUGAUUGUAAAACCUGGCCCUAAAGAGAUUGAUAAUUAUCUUGAUACGCUUAUACGUUAUGGACUUGAACCUGUUGAAUCAUGUCCUAUUGAUUUAGAACGGGUCAAAUUCACUUGUGAAGUACUAGAACGAAUGGUUCCACCUCUUAAGUCUCGUAAAAAUGCUGAGAAAUCAUCUACCUAUGAAAAACCAUUCCGUUUGCCUACAAAUCAUGCUUUAUUUACUCGAUUGAAAACAAUUCUUAUUUCAACAAUAUCUCAAGCGAAACAAGUACUAUGGAUACCAACAAUGGAACAGGCGAUUGGUGUAAUUUAUGAUAUGGCUGAAACCCCUGAUUCAAUUAUGUGUUAUCUACUACGUUCAGUUGCAGAAAAGCUAGUCCAGUUUAAGUCACCAGCAACCACCAUGAGUCAAACCAAUUCAAAUCCAUCAAAUGAAAUGACAACCAACAUUGUUAUUAAUAGCCAACCAACUGAUGAAAAAAUGUUAGGAAAUGAUGUUGAACAAGAGAAUAUCCCACCACCACCAAGAACCACCAUCCUCAUCUCAGAUGAAAUCAGAUCCAGAAUUAGCCGCCAGUAUUGUUGCUCUCUUAUUGGUCAUAUCACACUGAAACAACUUAUCUUUUUAGAAUCAGCUGUAUUAACUGAAUUGAAACGUCGAGCAUCAAUUAAAGAGGAUAGAAAUUCAAAGCAUAAAUCAAAAUCAUCACGUAAAAUCACGAGAACGUCAAGAGUGUCAAUGACUGAACAAUCUGGAAAUGCUUCAGCAACAAGUGGUCAGUCAACUGUUGACGAAGAUUGCGGUUUAGUCGGUGUAGCCGCUGAUGAUGCAGAAGCUGAGUAUAUACGUGAAAUAUGCGAUGAAGAGUUACUCAAGUCACCGGAUCUUAUCCUACAUCAUAUGUUAAAUUUUGUCACCUAUGUUUGUUCACAUCCAUCCACAUUCUCAGAUGAAACUGUCCAAGCAUCAGCUAGUCUGGCAUUAGCUAAAAUGAUGCUUGUCAGUGCUGAAGUCUGUGAACCACGUCUUCAGUUAUUAUUUACAAUGGCUGAAAGAAGUCAAUCAGAAAUAGUAAGAGCUAAUCUAAUUGUAGCCUUGGGGGAUUUAUGUCGUCGAUUUCCAAAUCUUAUUGAACCAUGGACACCAAAUUUGUAUGCACGAUUACGUGAUACGUCAGCUAAAGUUCGUACUAAUGCUUUAAAUACACUGAGUCAUUUAAUUUUAAAUGAUAUGGUCAAAGUUAAAGGUCAAAUUAGUGAAAUGACUGUUUGUCUAGUAGAUGAAAUUGAACGUUUAAAUAUUUUAGCACGUCGAUUCUUUCGUGAAUUAUCACAGAAAGGCAAUGCUCUAUACAAUGUUGUACCAGAUAUUAUCAGUCGAUUAAGUGAUCCUAAUAUUGGUGUAUCAGAAGAGCAUUUUCGAUCAAUUAUGGAAUUUCUUAUUCCUUUAAUUGUAAAAGAACGUCUAUGCGAAACUUUAGUUGAAAAACUUUGCUCCAGAUUUCGAACUACUACAUUAGAACGUCAAUGGCGUGACUUAGCCUUUUGUUUAAAUGUUAUGCCGUUCAGUGAACGAAUGAUGAAAGUGUUAUACGAAAAUCUACCUGCUUUUGCUGAUAAGCUAUGCAUUAAUGAAGUGUAUGCUGCAUUCGAGUGUAUCAUAAUUAAUGUGAAAAAGUUAAUUAAACCAGAUGCAAUGGCUACACUAGAAGAGUUUGAAGCUAAAGUAAAGGAAUUACAUGAUAAAGGUGUUGCUGAUGAGGCAGCAGUUCGAAGAGCCGAAGUUGCUGCAAAAUCGCUUAAACAACGUUCAUCACGUAACACACGUGUCUCUACAAAUCCAGCUACUAGUGGAAAGAAUGAAAUGAUACGCAGAAAUGUACGACGUACUGUAACUAAUCGAACAGCUGUUACUUCUAAUAUACCAAGUGGGGAUGAAGAUGUUGAUGUCGAAGAGAGCUCACCACCACCGACUACAACAACACGUGCAAAAAGUGCUCGUACCACUCGUACGCGUACUAAGCUUGUUUUCAGUUCGGAUGAAGAGGAGUUAGAUAAUGAAUGA